UUUCUGAUCUGGCCACAGUUUGUUUUUUCAGAGUCCUAAAGGUGGUUAAUAACAGUCUUGUCAUGCAAUGUGGCUUAUAGCAGCUGCUACUGUUUCUCAGGUCACAUCCUCUUUAACUUUAAAGUUUUCUGUCAUUUAAACAUGCAGUGACAGAAGUUAUUUCUGCAAAAAGUCUUAAGGUAACAAGAGUUUUUUUCUGCAAAAAAGAUGUAUUAACUUCCAGGAAACAGUCCCCCAUUUGAAUGAUUUUUACAGUGGAUUGGGUUUCCAUAUGCAAAGGUAUUGUGACCUUAAGAUGUUCUCUAUCUGCAUUGAUGUAUCAACCCUUUCUAAAGAAGUAUAACAUCCGAGAAUACAGGCUUUUUAAGGUGUUAACAUUUGAAGAAAGCGGAACCUCUGUGCUUCCUGGAAAUGCACGGUUUUCUGUAUAGACAUAUAGGAAGUCCUCAAGUGGUUAUUUCUCUGCUCUGCAACCAGCGAGGCAGCACCUUACUCAACAUGCUGUGCUAUUUCAAUGGGACUCUGCUGAUCAGUGUGCUUCCCCCACUGCUGUUGGCAGAGUUUGUUUUGGGAAUCCUUGGAAAUGGUUUGGCUCUCUGGAUCUUCUGCUUCCACCUGAAGCCCUGGAAGAGCAGCACGGUGUUACUCUUCAAUCUGGCACUGGCUGAUUUUCUGCUCAGCGUGGCUUUGCCUUUCCGUGCCAGCUACUACAUCUCUGGGAUCAAUUGGAUGUUUGGGGGAACUCUCUGCAACAUCUGCCUCUUCAUGCUCGCCAUGAACCGCAGUGGAAGUACCAUCUUCUUGAUGGCUAUCGCUGUGGACAGGUACCUGCGUGUGGUGCAUCCCCAUAAUUCCCUUAACUCUCUGAGUGUCUCUAAAGCUGCGUGUGGAGCAGUUGCACUGUGGUUGCUGACCAUCUCAAUGACAGCUCAUGUCUUCACUCUGCAACACACCAACUCAACUAAACUCAAGUACUGUGAGAGCUUCUUGAUCGACACUGAUCUCCACCAUAAUCUGAGCUGGCAUAAAUUUGAGUUUAUCUUUUCUUUCUAUAUUCCGCUGCUUGUGAUUCUCUACUGCACGAUCCACAUCAUCAUUCAGCUCAGAAAGAGACAGAAUGCAAAGAUUAAGAAGGCUCUGUGUUUAAUCACAGUAGUGGCGGUGCUUUUCAUCAUUUGUUUCCUCCCGAGCAACAUCACACAGCUGCUGAUUUGGGUCAAGGUCAAGACUCUCCAAGCAGUCAGCACCCCUGAAUCUGAAGUCUGCCCCGCUCUGGAAAACCUAACCACCACAUUCUACAUCACCAUCAGCCUGACCUAUCUGAACAGCAUGUUGGACCCUGUGGUUUACUACUUCUCAAGCCCUGCUUUCAAGAACAUCUGCAGGAAAGCCCUUCAUCUGUCCCAAGCAGACACUGCUGAAAGUGCAGAGAGGAAAACUCCCACUCGAGAAACGGGCUCCCACUCGCUCAGCAUGCUGUGAUCACAAAAUCCAGGGAAUCAUUGAGAUUGAUGCAGCUCUGUGGAUGAAAUUUGGAUUACGCGUUUCUUUCAAAGAUGUCAUGUAAGUGUUAUGGCCAACAAGAUAUUUUCUACUGCUGCUACACAGUAAUUACUGAGUAUAAAUAAACUGCAUGCACUUUUUUCCUUUGCAAAACAUGUUACUCUGAUCUUUUUUCAAAUUGUGUUCGUUUUUUUUAACUUCUCUAUGUAUUCACUGCAUUUUCAAAUAUUGUUUUGGAAAAAACUUGAGCUAUUGUAAAGCUGUGAAAUAAUUUAUGUACUUAAUAUUUUGUCCACUUAUCACACAUACCUUAAAAUACCCCAACUGUAAAAACUCAUGCACUCGCAGUUUUAUUGCUGUUAUUAAAGUCCAUUGCCUUUAACCAAA